AUGGACGCAUCGUCAACAACAAUAAAUGAACCAAAAGAUAUUGAUAUGACAGAAACAACAAAAUCACCACAAAAAACAACAACUACAACUACAACUACAACAACAACAACAAAUACAAAUACAGAUAAAGCAACAAUUGAAUUGGAUGAAUUAGAUGAAUAUGAAGAAGAGAAAAUACCACCACCACCAAAAACCAAAGUAAUAAUAAAUGGAGUUGAAGAAGAGGAAGAAGAAGAAGAUUAUGUUAUACAUGAAAUACCAGUUUAUUUAUCACAAUCAUUAUCAGAUUAUUUAUAUUUAUUUCAAUAUCCAUUAAGACAACCAUGGAGACCUUAUGAUAUGAGUAAAUUGGAAGAACUUAGAAUUAAACCAAAGCAACAAAAAGUUGAAAUGGAUUUAUCAAUUGAUCCAGAUUCAGAUAAUUAUAAUCCAGAUGCACAAACUAAAACCACCAAAUAUACAUUAUCAUCAACCACUGUAUCACAUCGUACAAACUAUGCAAUCGGGUUAAUGAAAAGUAAUGAAUUACAUUUAACACCAUUACAAUCGAUCAUUCAAUUACGUCCACAAUUCAAUUAUUUCGAUGAUAAAUGGCAAGAAGAAAAGUUACGUAAAAAACAAGACACAAAAGAUGAUGAUGAACAAGAUGAAGAAAGUGGUAAUGGUGGUGGCGGUGGUGGUAAUGGACAAUCAAUUGAUCCAUUAAAUAAAAUUGCGUCAAUGCAAUUUAAAAAAGCAGGUGCAAAGGUAUCAGCAGCAAAUCAACAACCAAAUAUUAUAAAACAAAUUGAAAAUGAAGAACAAUGGAUAAAAGUGAAUUUAGUAGAUGAUGAAUUUGAUGGUGAAUUAAUAAAACAAUUUGAAAAACUUCAAUGUGAAGAUAUUUACACUGAUAUAAAGUACGAUUUGAAUGAAAGUCAAUAUUUCGAUAUGUUAUGUCCACGUGUACCUGACGAAUGGGUAUCAAAGGCAGCCUAUAUUCACGAGACUGUUUCAUUGGAAACUGUACAUAAAAUGUCAUUAGCAUUACAAAUUAAAACCAUCAUGACCAAUGGUCACGUUGUACCAUAUACAAAAAUCCAUCAAUUGGUUAGUCAAGCUGUUAAACGUGGUUUAAUGGAUCAUCAAAUCAUUGAACAUCUUGAAACCUAUGCAGUGUUAAUCAGAGGUAGAUGGGUGGUAAAGUCAGAAUUUGUCACUAAAGACUCUGAUUUAGAAAUUGGUAGAAACUAUCUUUUACUUCAAUUUUUCGAUAGUGAUUAUGGUAUUGACAAGAAAGAAUUUUGCAAAGAUACUGGUAUCUCUUUUGAAGAUGCUAGAGAAUUGUUAUCUAAAAUAUCAGAUUUAGAUAACAAAUCACGUAGAUGGUUUUUAAAGAAACAAGCAGAUGAUGAUUUCAUCGAUCGUAAUCCUUACACUGUCGAUAAAUUCAAUCAACAAUUCACAGACGAAAAUUCAAGAAAAGAACUCUUGGAUAAAGUUAAAGAAUUAACAAAUCCAAAUAGACAUUCAAUAUUUGGAUUUCCAAGAAUUCCAAGUAAUUAUCGUGAAGGUAAAACUGUUGAACAUCAAUUACUCUUCCUUUUAUACAAUUUCUUUAAACAACAAGGUGUUUGUUCAAUUGAACUCAUUAAACAAUAUAUAGCAUCACAAAGAGAUUUAAAAACUGAAAAUAAUUUAUUAAAUCAAGUUAAUGAUAAAAUGGUUGAUGAACAAUUAAAGAAAAUGGCAACAAUAGUUCGUUAUAGUUAUGUUUUAAAAACAACUGGUAAUCAAAAAGUUGAUAAAUAUCGUGAUAUUAUUUUAGAAGCAUUUAAUAAGAGUGGUGGUUUAAAGAAAGAUGAUAUUAUAAAUUUAUUAAGAGAAAAAAUGGAUACAAAUUAUGUUGAAAUACCUCAAAAUAUUUUCAUUCAAAUUUUAACUGAAUUAGCUGAAGCUAAAGGUAAAGUUUGGGUAUUUAAAGCUGGAAAAUAA